GAAUAGUUUCUACUCCUAAAAGUAUUGUUGAAAAAUAAUGGGUGGUGAUGGGCAAGCCUUGACUAAUAAACGAAGUCUUCUACAAAAGUCAAAGUUUUAUGGAAAUCAGUUUGGUAAUAAUGAUAACACUCAAGAUGAAAAAAACACAGAAAAACAGUGGCGAACUGAAAGAUGGACUCACUGUGCACUUGCACUAGAACCUCUUCAGUAUCCGGCAGCAUUCGAUUUAGGAGGUAGAAUUUAUUCAAUGCAAUCUAUCAUAAGGCACCUGCUUGAUAGAAAACAAAAUAUUGUCUCUUUUGAGAACAUCGGAGAGCAUUUUUCCCAUAUAAAAAAAACUUCUGAUGUAAGAGAAAUAACAAACAAGGUGAAUUCAAAUGGAGAGAUACGUUGCCCAUUAACUGAUUUCCUAGCACAAUCUGGAAACCAUUCUUUUGUCGGGUUUUGGAGUUGUGGACACGUUCUUGCUAUCUCUUCUCUACCGACUUUUGAUAAAAUCGAACAUCAUCACCUGUGCCCGCUAUGUGGUGUUUCUUCCAUAGUUGUACCAUUAGUGCUUGAGUCCUCCGCUUCAGACAGACAACAACAAUUAUUAAAAACUCUUUUACACUCAAAGAAAAAACGAAAACGUGAAGCUGAAGCUGAACAGUAACUUUUCUAAUCAUGAUAUUCCUAAUA